CAGGUGUUUCGUUUCUCAGGCAAAACGAGAAGUUGCGAGAAUGUGGUUUGACAUUUGGCGGGAACCUACUUUCACUUUAGGGAAGUUGAAUUCUUUCGAAUUAGAUAUCAGAACUGGCUUGAUAUUUAUUUUCAGCGUUUUGAUUUUAAUCUAUUUUGAGCGAUAUCAUGACAAAAAAGCUCCUCCUUCUUGUGGUGGAUGGAUUCCAUGGCUUGGAUGCGCAGUUCAGUUUGGAAAACAACCACUCGGAUUUAUCAAAAGGAAAUCACAAGAGUUUGGAUCAAUAUUUACCUUGUAUGUUGCUGGGGAGAGGUUGACUUUUCUGACAGAUCCGAAGGAUUUCCAUUAUUUCUUUGACAAUUCGGACGUUGAUUUCCAACAAGCUGUACAAGUGCCUGUCCAAAAUCUAGCAUCAAUAAGUAGAACACAGUUUUACAAAUACCACACCAAACUUCAUGAUAUGGUGAAAGGUCGACUCGGGCCAGUGAGAGUUGGGCCGUUGGGGAGCACAUUGAGUGGUCAGCUGAAUCAGCAAUUUGACAAACAUAUAGACCUGACAGAACCACAAGAUUUAAUGAUGAUUACACGAAGAAGUAUGUACGCAUCUGUCUUGAAUACAUUGUUUGGGGAAGGCAACCCUCUCGUCCAUGAAAAGGCUGACUAUGAAGAAUUUUUGAAACGGUUUAUAACUUUUGAUAACGACUUUGAGCUAGGGGUAAAAUUGCCUUCAAUUUUCCUGCCCAAGUGGACCGCAGCGAAAAACUAUUUCCUCAAGAGGAUGGCGCUCACAUUCCAACAAAUGAGAGGUCAAAAUACACAGUCUGAUAAACUGAAUAUGGUAGAUGCCUUAUGGGAUAAACUUGAUGGGGACGAGGUAACCCACAAAUUUGGAAUGCUGGUGAUGUUUGCAUCUAUUGCUAAUGGAGUACCUGCUGCUUAUUGGAUGUUGACAUACAUCUUGACCAAUGAGAUUGUUCGAGAGAAAGUACUGAAGGAGAUAAAUGAUGUAUUUAAGGACUGGCAAGGAAAUGGUGAUUGUACAAUAGAUGAAGAGGACCUGAAGAAAUUGACGUACCUGAAAUGUUGCGUGUAUGAAACGAUACGACUCCGGAGCGAAGGCAUUAUUGGCAGAAAAGUUGUCAAGGAUACUCAAAUAAAGGGUUACAAUGUAGCUGCAGGAACAAUGUUGAUGAUCUCCCCUUAUUGGAGUCACCGUGAUGAGAGGUACUUUACGGAACCAGAAAUGUUUAAGCCAGAAAGAUGGGAGAAUAGUAACACUGAUAUACCAGGCUUUGUGGCUUUUGGGGGCGGUAGAUACCAAUGCCCUGGAAGAUGGUUUGGCAUGAUGAGUAUGCAGACAUUUGUUGCCAUGUUUUUCCUUAAGUACACAUGUACUGUGCACAGCCCCAUUCCAGCUCCGAGCUUGAUUCACCUGAUUGGAGUUCAGCAUCCAACAUCUGAGUUCCUGAUCUCAUGCAGCAAGAAAGCCUGAGUGAAUAGACAGCAAAAUAAUGCUGACUGAAAUGUUUAGAUGGACAUAAAGACAGAAUUUACUGGUACUUGUCUGCUGGUACAUUUCAUACUGUUACAAGUUACCUUUUGUUUUCUGUUACAAGUUGAAUUGUUCCAGUGCAUGUUACAUUUUAUUUUGUUGCAUGUUACAUUUCAUACUGUUACAAGUUACCUUUUGUUUUCUGUUACAAGUUGAAUUGUUCCAGUGCAUGUUACAUUUUAUUUUGUUGCAUGUUACAUUUGAUACUGUUACAGGUUACCUUUUGUUUUCUGUUACAUUUAAUUAUGUUGCUUGUAUCUUUUGUUUUUGUUACAAAUUGCAAUGUUUCUGUUACAAAUCAAAUUGUUUAUGAUGUAUGUAACAUUUGAUACUGUUACAAGUUAUCUUUUGUUGAUUGUUUCUGUUACAUGUUACAAUUGUUUCUGGCUCUUACAUGUAAGAUUUGAUGGUGUUGCUGUAUAUUUAAUGUUGUUACAAGUUACUGUGCAUUUAAUAUAGUAUGUUACAUUUUCUGUCCAUAUUUUAACAAGCUGGACUUGUUGAUUUAAGGUUGGCAGCUAAUACAGGCAUAUUUAAUUAUUUUUUAUUCAUUAUUUUUAUUACUAGCUAGACUAUUCUAAGAAUAGGUAGAGCUAUUGCACAUUCAAUCCGUUCAUCGGUAUCUGCGUGCUCAUAUGCAUCUUGAUUUUGUCAUGUUUUUUAAUGUAAACUGGUAUCUUAAGUAACUACUAGUUGGAAAUGAUUGAAACUUCUCAUACUUAUUCACUGUCAUGACCUCGUCUGCAUUGUACAUGUUCCAUAACCCUAGUUCACAUUUUUACAGUUUUGCCCCUUUUUUUGACUUUGAAAGUUUUGACCAAGUUUUUUAUGUAAGCUGGUAUCUUGGUAACCACUGGUAGGAAAGGCUUGAAACUUUACACAUUUGUUCACUGUGAUGUUAUGACCUGAAAUACAUUGAUACCAUAACUCUGUUUGGCUGUUUCACAAAAUUAUGUCCUUUUUCAACUUAUCAAGUUUUUUGUGUAAUCUAUUAUCUCCUGAAGCAUGGUAAGAAAAGACAAUUUGUGAUUAAAAAUUGUUGUGUCUUUUCUACUUGUUAAGGUGUAUGUUUCCAUUAUUUUAUCGAUUUUAUGUGACAAGGCUUUUGAAUAGUCUAGUGUUGCUGUCCUCUGACAGCUCUUGUUAUUGUUAUUAUACCACAUUUAUAUAGCACUUUUUAUGUAUAUAUACACAAGUUCAAAUGUGCUUAAAAGGAAACUCUUAAAUUUUUUUACACUGCCAGUUGCUUUGUAAUGCAUCACAAAUUCCAUUAUCAACAACAAAUAAAAAAAAAGUAGUAAAGCCAAUUUGUGCCAAUCUAUUAGCUUGCCAUUUGUUACACUAAAUGAUGUAAGCUAUUUUUUUUCAUUUCAUACUAAACUGAUUACAUUAAACAUAAAUUACAAUAUUACGACAUAUGAGCCACGCCAUGAGAAAACCAACAUAGUGGCUUUGCAACCAGCAUGGAUCCAGACCAGCCUGCGCAUCCGCGCAGUCUGGUCAGUAUCCAUACUGUUCGCUAAUGGUUUCUCUAAUUGCAAUAGGCUUUGAAAGUGAACAGCAUGGAUCCUGACCAGACUGCGCAGAUGCGCAGGCUGGUCUGAAUCCAUGCUGGUCGCAAAGCCACUAUGUUGGUUUUCUCAUGGUACGGCUCAAUUAUGUUAUAAUAAUCAAUAAAUAUAAUACUGUCUGCAGUUAACCAAUUCUCACAGUUUUUGUUUUUAGUAAACAUAUAAUUUUAUUGCUUAUUAGUUUAUACAUAGUGCUUUAUUAAUAAAAGAUUAACAUAAGGUAGAAAUGUUGUUAAUUUACUU